ACAUAUCCCAUCAUCCUCCCAGAGCAAGAAAAAAGCUAAUUACACUGCGCAGGAGAUUUUUACUUUCCAGUUGAAGUCUGUCUGAAUCAAUUGCAAAACGUUAUUUUUUUAGACUUUUUCUUUUUUGUAUUUUUCAUCUGAUUGUAUUACCGAGCGCUGUGUGGUGGGGGCACCGGCUUCCCGGCUCCUGAGUCCGGCGACAUCAGGCAAGAUGCUUUGUGGAGCGGCUGCAGAGAGGAACAAGGAUCCGAUACUGAGUGUGCUCCGGGAAUGUGUGGAUCCGAGCCUGCCGAUCCAGGCACUGGAGAUAGCCUCGGGGACCGGCCAGCACGUCAUGCAUUUUGCCCGGGCUCUGCCCAAUGUCACCUGGCAGCCGUCAGAGGUGGAGCAAAGGUCCCUAGAAAGCAUCUGUGCCUACAGAGAGGCACUGCGGCUGGGGAACGUGAAGCCGCCACUCGCCCUGGACUCGUCACAGAGCUGGGAGACAUGGGGGGGGACUCAGCCCAGCUCCCUGCACCUGAUCACCAACAUCAACAUGAUCCACAUCUCUGCACUGAGCUGCACUGAGGGAUUGUUUAAGGGAGCAGGAAAGCUUCUGAAACCUGGUGGAUUGCUCCUGACGUACGGGCCCUAUGCAAUUAAUGGACUGAUCACCCCACAGAGCAAUGUGGAUUUCAAUCAGAGUCUGAGACAGAGGAAUCCGGAGUGGGGUCUGCGAGACACCGCCCUCCUGGGAGCACUAGCGGAGCAGAACGGGAUGUUCCUGGAGAGAGUGGUGGACAUGCCAGCCAAUAACAAGUGCCUCCUUUUCCGUAAAGAGAACACACCAUAGACACGGCAGAAUGCUGCUGCACAGUCUACAAGCUACAGGGUUAAGAUAAUCCCAUUUAUUCCAUGUCUAAUAACAGAGAACCAAGUCAUAAAACACUGCACUCACGCACCCCUGGGAGGCUUUCUGAAUUGUUGUCCUUUGUUUUGUGUAAAAUGGGUCUGCUGUUGUAUCCUGGGCAUCUCUGAAACAUUAGUCUUGAUAGUUCUCUUCAGCAAUUAAAUAAAGAAGCUAGCACAGUGCUCUGGAUUCAGUAAGCACAUACUACAAUGAACUUUAUAUGAUUUUUUUUUCCUUUGUUUUAUUUCUCACAAAAUUGUUUGUAUUACAAAGGAACACAUUAACUUUUGCAUUGCCAGACAAAAUUGCUAUAAUAAAUCAUAAAUGAUAUUAGUAUUUAAUUAAUUUUAUAACACAAAAUAAACUGCUUGUUUUUAAAUGGUU